CGAUCGGAUCCGAUCGGAUCAGAAAAUUUGAGUUCGUAUGCUCAUAAACGAACGGCUCUAGAGUGGACAAUGAGGCAACUGGAAGAAAAAGCUUGCAGCAACAAAUCUCACAGGUCGUUGCACUUUACUUGCAGGUUGUGAGCGUGUCUCGCUCCUGUGCGCUGUGGGCUGCUUCUCGUUGCUUCUUGCUUCUUCGUGGGAAAGUGGGCGGCGUUUCCAUUUCUCUCUCUCUCUCCCGUUUUACUUCAUGCAGCUAUGCCGGGAUCGCCAUCGCCAUAGCUGCAGCCAUCGCCGUGUCCUUCUCUUCCCUUCCGCUUUCUGUUUUACGUCGGCUGCUUUCGAAACUCCAGUUGACGUCAACAUUUCAUCUGAGAAGGGCGGCGAUCUAACGGGAAAGUGAUCGACGAGGAUCUCCUCCUCUCUAAAGCUCGCACAGAGUUGACCGAUUCGCUCUAAAACCACGACGACAAAGACAGGCAGGUUUGUGGGACUCUGCUGCCGAAAGGAGGAUUCCGAAAUGGGCGAUAACUUUUAAGGAGAGGGAGGAAAGGCGGAAGCGGAAGGAGCCCAUCUCCUCCAAAAGAGGAGAACUGAAGAAGAAAGUGCAGCAACGAACAGCAGCAGCAGGAGCUGAGCAAAGGAGGCAGAGGGGAAGGAGGAAGAAGGGAAGGAAGCAGGAACGGAGACACUGGUGGGGGAGGAGGACCAGAAUUUCGCACGGGGAUAAGGAGGAGGACAAAGGCGAGGGAGAAGCUAUGGCUGCCAGUCGGCAGUCGGUAGCCUUGAAUUCUUGUGCGAUCUCGUGGAAAGGUGACGAUGAUCACCCUGACCAGACCGUUUGCGUGACUGCAUGGCUACAGAAGAUGAUGACCAUAAUGUUAGUAAGAGCUAGUGCAUUCGGGACAUGUAGGAUGAAGGUCGACUGCGGCAAUUGGAUGCAACGCGCCAGCAGAUAUGUUGUGCACGAUGACUUCGACGGAGGCGCGAAGUGUAGCCGCUUGUCUGGUGUGACAGCCGACCACCGGUGGCGUCCAGCAGCACUGCACAGUCAGACUCUGUGUCUGAUGACACUGAUUGCAGUUGUGAUGGGUCAAUUCCGGUUAGCGCUCUCUGGUCAAGCUUCGGUCACUUUCAUCGCAGCCGGCAUUCCUGGCAGUCGCGUUGAGAUGAACGAAACGCAGUGCAAGCACUCCUCCUCCUAUUCCUCCUCCUCGUCCUACUCCUACUCCUACGCCUACUCCUCGAGUGGGGCAAAGAUAUGUGAAUGGCCUUCAUUGACAAUUGAUGUUGAUGUUCUGCAAAAGCAACUUGAUCACCUUGGAACUAUCUCGGAUACGGCUCCUCCAGCAGUGACACGCGUCUUGUUCUCGUCGAACGAUCUGUUGGCGAGGAGAUACGUACGGUCAUUGAUGGAAGCACAUAACCUCACGGUGAGAGAGGAUGCCAUUGGCAACCUGUUUGGUCGGUGGGAGGGCAAGGAGCGAACCCUACCUCCAGUUGCGACGGGAUCGCAUACAGAUGCUGUGCCGUUUGCCGGUAAGUACGAUGGAGUUCUCGGCGUGCUGGGAGCGAUCGAGGCAGUUGCGGCACUGAAAAGAGCUGGCUUUGUUCCGACGAGAUCGAUUGAAGUCAUCAUGUUUACGUCCGAAGAGCCAACACGGUUUGGAAUUGGGUGCGUGGGCAGUUGGGCUAUGUCUGGCCAUCCAGGAAUCGGUUCACGACUAAUGACAGCGAAGGACAAUGAGGGCCUCUCGUUCAAGGAGGCCGCUGCAAGGGCUGGCUAUACCAAAGUCAAGCUCCCGUAUCUGGAUGACGUGGUCCUGCCGCCGAACACUUACUCCGCAUUCUUGGAACUGCACAUCGAACAGGGACCGCUGUUGGAGCAGGAGGGGGUGCCGAUCGGCGUAGUCACUGCCAUUGCAGCGGCAACACGGCUCAAAGUGGAUUUCCGGGGUGACGGUGGCCAUGCGGGCUCUGUGCUGAUGCCCGAUAGGCACGAUGCAGGGUUGGCUGCAGCAGAGCUUGCCCUUGCGGUCGAGGCAGCGGUCCUAGCAACAGGUUCUCUGGACACUGUGGGAACCACGGGCAUUGUCAAGUUGAGUCCGAAUGCAAUCAACAGCAUCUCGCGCGAAGCGCACAUCCAGAUCGACGUCAGAGACACCGACCCCGCUCGCCGCGGAGGAGUUGUGGACGCGAUUCGGCAUUCAGUUAUCGAGAUUGCAGAGCGCCGAAGGGUUGAGUAUGACAUGCAGAUCAUCACAGAAGACCCCCCGACAGCUUGCUCGCCCACCGUUGUUCACUCUGUCGCUCAAGCGGCGCAGUUUCUGAAAUUGAAGCACAAGUACAUGGUCAGUCGCGCAUGCCAUGAUGCACUGUUCAUGGCCCAAUCGGUACCAACGGGAAUGAUUUUCAUUCCUUGCCUGGGGGGAAUCAGUCAUCGACCAGAGGAGUUUGCGUCCAAGGAGAGUAUGGCUGCUGGUAUUCACGUCCUUGCCCUGUCGCUGGCCGACUUAUCGUCCCCAUCUCCGUGUCAGGGAACCGAUGAUUCGCGGUGAACAGUUAUGAGCAAUGAACUUCCUUCUCACGUUGAAAGUAAAAUUACUGAAAAAUAGUAAAAAAAUAAUCUGCGUCCUUCGGGACAUCCGUUAAAAUUGGAACGAUACACAGAGAAAGAAGAUUAGCAUGGCACCUGCGCAAGAAAAAAAAUAAUAAUAAAAAAAUCAAUCUGCGAACUUCCGCUCUGCCCUCUCAUCGACUGUGCAGCAAAUGUGAAGGCCUUAAGAUUGUCAUGUGCAGACUAUAUAAGCACAGCUUGACUCAGCUGAUUAUCAUCCCUUGGUUUCCUGAGUCAGGUAAUUUAAGUUACCUGGGUUACCUGGGUUACCUGGGUUCAGCUAGUAACUGCAGUUUCGGUAACUGCACUGACUGCGGUAACUCACAGAAGUUCAACUUGUCUUCGUUGACUUCGACUGCACUGCAUUCCCUCCAGGAAGUCAAAGAUAGAUUUGAUCUGAAGUCAAAGAUAGAGAUCUGAUCAGAAGUCAAAGAUAGAUCUGAUUAGAAGUCAAAGAUAGAUCUGAUCUGAAGUCAAAAGAUAGAUCUGAUCCGAAGUCAAAGAUUGAUCUGAUCGAAAGUCAAAGAGAGAUCUGAUCGAAAGUCAAAGCUAGAUCUGAUUGGGAGCUACAACCGUUCGAUGUUUUCACUCACGUGUUAGCCUAACUCGGGUAACUCAUCUGCAUUACAUUAUCUUUGACUGCGGUGCGCCCAGAAAGUCAAAGAUAGAUCUGAUAUGAAACCGCAACCGUCAGAUUUUGUCAGAUCUGAAUUACCGAACUCAGCUAGCUCAGCCUUGCUUUUGCUGAGGUAAGAUGUAAGAUCAUGGUACACUGAUCUGCAUUCAUCUUUUUCACUGAAGUACAUCGAGAUACUCGUCGAAAUAUAGGUUUGACCUGAAACCACAACCGACGUUUCCGUCAGAUGUUCUCUGAUGUGAAUUACCGAACUCAGCUUAGCUCAGUUUUCUAACUGAAUGGUGACUCGUUCUGCAUUACCUUUUUUUGACUGCUGCGCAUCCACAGAGUCAAAGAUAGAUUUGAUCCGAAACCGCAACCAUGAGAUGUUGUCAGGUUGGCUAUGAUGCAGCAGAGCAUCAGAGUCCAGCAGUCAGACUCUGGACCAUUGGAGGCGCACACUUGUUCUAUCUGACGACAAGGCCACAACUAAUAGACAUACAACAUCAUGAGGAUGGUACGCGGUGCUAUUGUGGGUGUGGCUAUUCACCUUAGCUGUGUUAAGCUAUACAACACGUGCUAUUCUGCGCAAAACGGUGCAAUAGGAUUGAAGUGGACACCGACGUGCCUAUCUUGGUUGGUACACCCAUGAACUGUUGAUGCGAUAGGAUUGAAGUGGACACCGGCGAUACAGACCCGAGUUUGAAUCCAGAUGCAACCAGAUGAACAGAAUCAACUUCAAUCAAGUAAUACUGAGUUACCUGGGGCCCGUGAGCUUGCCGCCAACCUUUUCUUAAAAUAAAAAAAAAAGAAAAAAGGGAUUGAACUGGACCAACUCGGUCUUCCGCACGUGCUUCGCACAGUUACAUGAAAAGCUAAGUUGGCGAGGAUCAGCGCUAGAUCCGGGCUAUAUAGAUAGUCUAACAGUGAGGAACAGGUCCAGGAGUAGGAUGAUGCUUAGGCAUCAUUGACAGCUUAUCGCAGCUAUAUAGCCGACAUGAUUGAUCGGGAAUCUGGAUUGAUAGCUGUGUGAAGCUGGUGCUAAAACACACCACCUGCUAUACAGGAUAACCUGCUAUCCACCUGCUAAAAGACACCACCUGCUAUACACCUGCUAUACAGGAUAGGUUACCCUUGACAGUUUUCGAGUUUUGCUUAGACGCUUGGGUUGUCUAUCGCAUGGACGGUCGGUCGCAUUAUGUAUGGUGUCCAAAUUCCGAUUGUGAUCGCAUACCAUGAAAAUGUCGAUAGGAUGUCCUUCCCAUCAUGUCGAUAGGAUGUACCAUUAAAAUUGGAACGGUGCAGAGUCUGAAGAUUACCAUCAUCAUGAUGGCCCUUGCGCAAGGAUGGCAUGCAUGAAUCGAGGAAUGGUUCAAGUUACAAAAAAAAAAAAAAAAAAAAAAAAGAAUCAACUUUCAAAUUCAACUACUAAUGCUCAAGGCUUUGAUCGCCUCGAGAGUCGAGUGGAAAUUGGUCUCUGCCUGUGCGGCACAAACUGGGUUAGGGAUGUAACUGGACAGGGACAGAUUGUACAGACUUUGACUAAAACAGACUUAAGUAUAAGAUUAUAGACAAUAGACAAUGUGGGAUAAUGGUUAGGGCGGAUUCCGAACUGGAUCGGGACCCAGAUUGUACAGACUUCGACUAAAACAGACUUAAGUAUAGAGUCUAUAGACUAUAGACAAUAGACGGUAGACAGUGUGGACUAACUGGAUUGGAACAGAUUGUAUAGACUUUGACUAGCUGACUAAGCGUAGACAAUAGAGUUAGUGUAGACAAUAUAUUGGGAUAGAUUGUGCAGGCUUUGACAAACAGACUUUAAGUAUUGGAUAUAGAGUCAGUAUGCACUAUAGACAAUCUAUAGGCUUUGAACACAAAUAGCAUUGAGAUUAUAGGUGUAAUGACCACAAAUAGCACAGACUUUGACUAACCGGCGAAGAAUAGUAAAUGCCUCGAUUGGAAAUGGUACAGACAUCGACUAACAGACUAUGUGUAUAGGCUAUAGACAGUGUAUAGAGUCUAUAGACUUAGGCUGAUAAUGUUUUAGAUUAGGCGAAACAAGACUACUGGCUAUAGACAAUGAUAAUGUUUUAGAUUAAGCGAAACGAGACUAGUGGCUAUAGACAAUGUAUAAACGUAUCGACUAUGACAAUGUGUAGUCGUGGAGUAGAGACUACGUGUAUAGACCAUUGUCGACUCAGAAGUGUAGAGGGCUUUCAAAUUGUCGAACGUGCAAUGUGACUCCUUACAGUGUACUAUGGACUUUGACUAGUAUAGAUGAUACACACAAAGUAUAGACUAAUAUAUCUUAAGUAUGGAUUUUGUCUAACAGAGCUAACAGAUGCUUGUUUAGUGGAGAAACUGUAUGAUCCCGGUGUGAUUGCCGUUGGCGGCGAUUUUCAAUUCCUGCAAAGCGUCUGACUCGUUCUGAGUCCUGGAAAUAGUGUACUUAAUACACGGAUCGGGGGGACUUGAAACCAAUUGGGACCCUUUGGCAUUUGAUGCAGAGUGGUAGCUGACAAUUUCUGUGCAUGGCAGCACAUGUAAUUCUGACAUGUGCUGAUGCAGGAGCGUGAGGCCUGGUAGAGAGAGAUCUGGGGAUGCUUUGGGGUGGGCAUCCGAAGGGACGACCAGGGGUUGCUGCUGGGAUGAUGCUGGUCGGAGCUGGGGUGAGUUGUGUUGCCCUGUAACCCAGCAGGGUGGGGGCGUGAGGCCUGGAAGAACUCAGCAAGGAGUAAGACGGCGUUGGGAAGUCUUAGAAGGGUUUGUCAGGGAACCUGAGAGUAGUGAGCAUUCGUAGGGGACUCUGUUUCACAGUUUGUUCUCAGCCGAAGCCGGGUAAUGGCCCCGGUAUCUCAAAUGACCUCAAAAGACCUCAAAUGUUCUCAAUGAUCUGUAUAAUUCGAUAUGGGACGCUGGGCCCAGUUCCCAGCACGUGCUGCUCCCCACGAAUAGACUGGAGCAUUUGUUCG